CGUCACGGGAACAACACAAGCAGCCCAAACAGCAGAGUGACCAAGGCUCGGAGUGGCUCGCCUUCGACUACUGAGUUGAGGGAGAUUAUCACCCACAAGUGGCAUGGGGGAUCAAAUUAAUCAAGACGAGAUUCGAAAGAAGCGCUUGGCUCGGCUCGGUGGAGGAACCAGCAGUAGCAACAACAAUGGAGAUGCAUCCCAGAUAUCCAUCCCACAGUCCCCGGGGGUACAGUUGUCCACCUCACCCCCUGGAUCAUCGCUUAUUACCUCGCCUUCCAAGAGACACCCUCCACCUUCACCACUGGAUGUAACACCAUGCAAGAAAGGUGUAGAACCUAUGGAAGUCGAAACGAAAGCAGAAACAAUGAUGGAUACAGGGAAUAGUCCUCAUUACCGUAGUGACAACAAGAGACACAGGAGUGUGAGCACCACAGAAGUAACCGAAGAACUUGUGUGGGCAACUCUGUCCAAUCUUCUCCAGGCCACCUGGCAAGGAGUAGAAAACGCAUGUCCACUUACAGUUCAGAUUACACCAGGUUCAAAACAACCUGAAGUUACAUCACAGGUGUUGAUGGAUGUUACUCUCAGACUGUGUUCUGGUGAAUUACCAGAGGGUCUUAUUGAUAGCAACAACUGUUCAUCUAACUCUCCAGAGCUCAGUGCCUCUCCUACAGGUAGUAGUAGUAGUUCAGAUGUUAGUGCGCUUACAAAACCAUUACAGUGUCCUGAAGCUACCGCCCUCACCUACCUCCUACAAACUUACUCUCGAGUAAACAAUGAAGAAAAAAUUCAUCCAAAGGGUUUGCCAUUUGUUGGAAUUGCUCCAACACUGAAAGGACCUCUCUGUCCAUUUCUUGCAGGAAACUUAACAUCAGCUGACCUCCCAGUAGUGUCACUACUCCUCUAUCCAUUACUGACUGAGGGUCUACCUCGAGGGUUCUUGUGUCACCUUAUAAACCACACCCACAAGACUCAGCCUCUCUUUGUUAAGGUUUUCAGCCCGCUCUUACAGGGUCUUAGCACAGCCAUGAGAAGUUGUAGUGUAACAUCAUCCACAUACAUUCGAGUCCUCGAGUCCUUAGUUUUACUGACUGACAUCAAGAUUAACUCUUCUAGGCCAAUCUGCAGCCUUAUGGUGUCAAUGAGCAACUGGCUUCCAAAGAGCGAGUCACAGUCUGCAGGCCGAGAGUCCAUCUCAACCACCCUGCUGGGCCCAUUUUUGGAGCUCUCUCUCUUUGCUGAGGAUGACCCUAGAGUGGUGGACAAGUUCAUCAAGCAUCAGGGGAAUAGCAGGACAGUUCCUGAUGGCCUUCUGGAUCUGGCAAGAGAGUUAGAUCUCAUGCGUACUACCAUUCUUCACAAGCUCUUCUAUAGUAUCUUAGUGAAUGCCACUUCCCGUGAGCCAGUACUUGCUUACAUAGCCAAAAUUAUCCGAGCCAAUGAGAAGAGAGCACAGAUCCAUGUGAAGGAGCAGAUGGUUGCUGGUGAUGGCCCAACAAUUAACCUACUCUCAGUUCUCCAGCAGCUUUGCUUCAGGGUUAACCUUGAAAAGGUAGACCCAUAUUACCCUUUUCAUCCAGACUCUCUGGUUGAUGUCUCCAAAGAUUCCCGCCUCAUGAUGACACAGGAUGAAGUUGACGAAUGGGUGAAAAAGCUACAAGCUGAACAACCAUCAAAGUUCCAAGAGAUAACAUUUCACAGCCAGUGUUGGUUCUUGACUCUUCAUGCGCACCACCUUGGAGUGUUACCUGUCAUGCGCAAGUACACACGUCGCAUCCGAGCCAUUCGGGAUCUUCAGAAAAUGGUUGAAGAGAUUGAGAGCACAGAAUCUCAGUGGGCCAACCUUCCUGUGGCAUCAAGACAGAGAGAGCUUCUUAAGAAAUGGAAGACACAGUUAAAGAAACUGAAUAAGUCAAGAAUCUGUGCUGAUGCCGGGCUGCUGGACGAGAAAUUGUUGGAACGAUGCAUGCAUUUCUACUCUGAUGUUGCCAAGAUAGUCUUACGGGCACUCACUGGGGGGCCAACUAGUCUGGCUCCUCUGGGAAGCUCUCUUGUAGAAACAGCCAAUCUUCUCCCCCUGUCAUCAUCAAUACCAGAACUCUUUGCUGCCAUGCCUGAGUGGUACUUGGAUGACAUGGCAGAGUUUUUGCUUUUUACAUUACAGUACAUGCCCAAGGUGCCCAUCAAACACUUAGAAGACCCAAUCAUCACCAUGACCAUUGUUCUUUUGUGUACUCCCACCCAUAUUAAGAACCCAUACUUAACAGCCAAACUUGUUGAGAUGGUGUUCAUGUUGACCCCUUCAGUCCAGCAACAUGUCGAUAGCUUACAUCAACGCAUCCUUCACCAUCCACUAGCAGUACACCUACCUGUAUCUUUGAUGAAAUUCUACACAAUGGUGGAGACAACAGGAGCAAGCAGCGAGUUCUAUGACAAAUUCACAAUCCGUUAUCACAUUAGUGUAAUUUUCAAGAGCCUUUGGGAAGACAGAGGACACAGGCAAGCUGUAAUAACAGAGUCCAAUUCUGGUAAAGAGUUUGUGAAAUUUGUGAACCUCCUGAUGAAUGAUACAACGUUCCUUUUGGAUGAAUCACUUGAUGCUCUGAAGCGCAUCCAUGAAGUCCAGGAGGAAAUGGAGAGAGGCACUUGGUCACAGCAGACAAGGGAGCAGCAGCAAACAAGACAAAGGUUGCUGGCCACGGAUGAAAGACAGUGCAGAUCAUACUUGACAUUAGCAAGAGAAACAGUUGAUAUGAUGCACUACUUGACUAAAGAGGUGCCAGCCCCAUUCCUAAGGCCAGAGCUCUGCGACAGACUGGCUGCAAUGCUCAACUUCAACCUUGCUCAGCUCUGUGGACAGAAGUGUGGGAAUCUAAAGGUGCGACAAGCAGACAAGUAUGGAUGGGAGCCAAGAAAACUGUUGGAGCAGCUAGUAGACAUCUACCUGCAUUUAGACUCGACUAAGUUUGCUCAAUCUAUUGCUAAUGAUGAGAGAUCCUUCAAGAGAGAGCUGUUUGAAACGGCAGCAUCCAAGUUGGAACGAGCAGUGAUUAAAUGUCAGUCAGAAAUUGCUCAGUUCCGGAGCAUAGGAAACAAAGCCUUCAGCGUCCAGCAGGCCAAUCAGAAAAAGGAGGAGGAUUACAGUGAUGCUCCUGAUCAUUUCAUGGAUCCACUAAUGCAGACACUGAUGGAAGACCCAGUUGAACUUCCCUCGGGAGUAGUUAUGGAUAGACCAACAAUUGUGCGUCAUCUGCUGAAUGAUCCGACAGAUCCAUUCACACGCCAACCUCUUUCAGAAGAGCAGCUGAAGCCAGCGGAAGCUUUGAAGAAGGAAAUCAGCGAAUGGAUUGCCUCCAAAAGUAUCCCAAAGAGCACAUCUUGAGGGCAGGACUGCAGUAGCUGGAAUGGUUCUACAUUUAGUGCUGUAUUAGACUCUUUGCCACAAGUAGAUACAUACAGACAAAACUGUACAGAUGAGAUUAUUAUGUGCAAACAUAAAUAUGGAAAUUGUCAAAAAGAAAUUUGGUAAGUGGUAAAAUAGGUUAAUCGUGCGCAGAAAAGGUCUAGACAGACAUUUACAACCACAUUCAGACUCUUACCCACACACACUGGCUUGCCUUCCAUUUGCUUAGAAGAAAACAUUUUUUAUAAAGGUUCAGAGUGGAAGGAGAGAGAAGUGGAGAUGGCAUUUUAUAUCUUCAACAUUUUGGUGCACCUCAUACACAUUUGCUAAGUUAUUUGUUAAGUAUGAUUGUUUGGAGCUAAGAGUGUGUUAAAGUUACUUUGAUGGAAACAACAAACAAACACAAAAGAAGGUUGAACUAUAUGUCAGUAAUAAACAUUUUGUUGGCUUACAAAUUUUGGCUUGAAACAUGAGGUGUGCUGUGCAUUAAUUAGUAAGUCAAAAGUGCAUGUGUUUAUGAAGGACUUAAGUUUACAUUUUAUAUUACCAGUACAGUAAUGUGAGGCUCUACUUCAUUAGCUUAGGGAUCACAGAUUUCUCAAGGAGGUGCAUAAAGAUAUUUUUUAUAUUUAAAGCUAAGACAGAGGCAGCAGAUUUCUUUCAAAUGUUUGAAGGUGAGCAAACUUAUAUUGCUGAGCAUCUCUGUCCCUCAGUCAUUUUGAAUUAAAUCUAGCAAAAUUUAUAUCCAUAAGUAAUAUUUAUUGCAGAAAUUCUAUUCUUAAACUCGUAACAAAGAUAGAGCAUAUUGGUAUAAAGUUUAUCAGAUCUAUUUCUUAUCUGAAUCAAAUCAUAUUUAUAGACUUCAUUUGUCUUCUAAUACACAAUUUAUGAACACUGCCAGAAUCUGUGUACUGGUAUUCUAUUGUGAUAAGUUAAACCUUCCAGGACAUAUGGCUACUAUUGCAACAUAAGGCAGUUUCCCCCCAAAGAUCUUGGAUGAUUUCAGAAAGGGCUAAUGCAAAUUGCUCUGGUAGGUGAAGUUCAAAGUUUACAGCUAUGACAGACUGACAUAGAUGAAUUUCCCAGUGAUCCUGUUCAGCCAUUUCUCAAGUCAUCAGAUGUUGCUACCGAGUCAUUCAACGUAGUCUGUGGGAUAGCAUAUCUGACCGUACAAAUCAUUGUGUUGAAGCUGUUUUGAAAACAUUUGCACCCUUAUGCAUGAACUCACUAAUUACCUCCAUUUAUUCAUGCAAAAAGUUAUUUCGUUGGAAGCCUGAAGUCAAAAAGGAUGGAAACUUUAAUAUCAAUAUUUUCAUUUAUAAAAAGUGGCAUUGAAUUUAAAUUGCAUUUACACUUCUUGUUUGUGUGGAUAUGUGUGUAUGCACAUGCAAAAAAAAACACACACACACACCACACCACACACCACACGCACGCACACCACACGCACGCACACCACACGCACACACACCACACGCACACGCACACCACACGCACACGCACACCACACGCACACGCACACACACACCACACGCACACACACACACACACAUUUAUAUUUAUAUUUUUUUGUCAGAUCACUUUUUUAAAAAAUGAUAAUAUAUAUAAUAUUCUAUUUGCCAGAGGUAGCUAAAGAUCAAAUGAAAAAGUGAAAAUUAUUUUGUGCUCUUAUUUAUAUGUAAAAUCUGAAAGGAAUCUCAGAAACUAUUACUAUAAUCAUUUGUUGCCCAUCACCUAAAUAGGUAUUGAACCUUUUGAAUCUUUUUAGACAUGAUUUAAUAUUUUGUUUUGUGACUUUUGAAUGAUCCUGUGUUUUGUUAGUGCUGAUGUAUUAUUCAUUUUAAUUUUUUACAUAAAAAAAAUUAAAUUGUAAGUAUUUCUAAAUUUGCAAAAUUACUGUAUCUUAUCCAGUGGGGAUAUUUUUGUGACUUUGUUCAUGUAAAAGGUAUGAUGGUAAUAUGAAAAAAAACUAAAUUUGGGGAAUUAAUAGAGAGAGAAAAAGCAUAGAAAACAUCCAGUGUAUAAAGGGUCAGGCAAGAAGAACUGGUAUUUGAGAGGUAUUUUUAGUGCAAUAAUGGGCAGUGUUUUACAGUAGAAUUUAGUGAGUGCAUCAAAGAGAAGAAAUAAUGAGUAAAAAUCAUAAAAAAUACAAAA